AGGAGACCAGUGGGAACGAUGAGCUGCUUGUCAGGAGGCGUUUGGGAAGUACAAAAUCCUGUAUGUCUAAAAAGAGGACGGACCCGGAAGGAAGGAGGUUACAGUUGCUUCUACUUGUGAUUUCAAGAACGGAACCCGGCGAAAGCAAAAGGAAAAAAAGGGUUUUGCUUAAGAAAGGCAGGGGGCUGUUUGAAUGCUGCUCAAGUCUCGGCGUGUGUGGCACUCGCGAGGCUUGGAAAACAACCAGCACUGAUGUAGGCGUGUUGCUGAGGAGCCCCAGACUUGACUACCUCAAGUUCAGUUUUAUUUGUUACAUCAUCCCCCAGGUUUCACCAGCUCAACGACAUCCCUUGGAAAGUUUCUGCUGAAAAGAAUUGAACAUCUAAUUAAUAGGAGCAGCUAGCACUGAAUUUGAAACACAUUUGCUAAGUCAACAAUUUGCAAGUUAUUCGUGCUGAAUGGGUCAGAGGAGGAGUUUUUCUUCACGAACCAAGAAAGAGCAAGGGAAAAAGGAAACAUUUAAGUUUUUGCUUUGUUUUAAUCAACAUUACCUAGUGGUUUAACAACAUUGCUGCUUUUUCCUUCUCCUGUCACCCCUUCCCCAUCCCCAUCUUCUUUUUCAAUUUUGCUAUAGCUCAUUGGUGCCUGCAGUCCAUAUUUUGUACUGUCUCUGUCUUAGGCACUAAAUAAGUGGGCUUCAUGGGAUGCAAACAUGUCCGACCCUAAUGAGCUCCGGCCAGUAAAUACUGAGUACGCUGUUUCUCUUUUAGAGCAGCUAAAAUUUUUUUACGAACAAAAAUUACUAACAGACGUCGUAUUAAUUGUGGAAGGCACUGAAUUUCCUUGUCAUAAAAUGGUUCUGGCAACAUGCAGUUCAUACUUCAGGGCAAUGUUCAUGAGUGGACUCAGUGAAAGCAAGCAGACACACAUUCAUUUGAAAAAUGUUGACCCUGUUACUCUUCAGAUAAUUAUUACCUAUGCAUAUACAGGCAACCUGGCAAUAAAUGACAGCACUGUAGAGCCUCUUUAUGAGACAGCCUGCUUCUUACAGGUAGAAGAUGUGUUAUGUAGAUGCAAAGAAUACCUAAUAAAGAAGAUUAAUGCGGAGAACUGUGUACGAAUGCUGAGCUUUGGUGAUCUGUUCAGCUGUAUCGAGCUAAAGCAGAGUGCAAAACGAAUGGUCGAACACAAGUUUGCUGUUGUCUACAGACAGGAGGCUUUCCUGUUACUUUCCCAUGAACUGUUGAUUGAUAUCCUUAGUAGUGACAAUCUCAAUGUAGAGAAGGAAGAAACUGUACGUGAGGCAGCCAUGCUGUGGUUGGAGUACAACACAGAAGCCCGCUCGCAAUACCUUUCAUCAGUCCUCAGUCAGAUACGCAUUGAUGCCCUAUCAGAGGUGACACAGCGGGCCUGGUUUCAAGGUCUACCACCAAAUGAUAAGUCUGUGGUGGUACAAGGCCUCUAUAAAUCUAUGCCUAAAUUCUUUAAGCCCCGUUUAGGCAUGACAAAAGAGGAGAUGCUGAUUUUCAUUGAAGCAAACUCGGAAAGCCCUACUGACAAUACUGGAUCUAGCCACUCUGCUGUUUGUUAUAGUCCCCAAGCGGAGAAGGUCUACAAGCUUUGUAACCCACCUGGUGAUCUCCAGAAAGUAGGCACACUGGUAACCCCUGAUAAUGACAUUUAUAUUGCUGGAGGACAAAUUCCACAGAAGAAUCCCAUUGCCAACCAUAACAAAAGCAGCAAGUUACAAGCAAUCUUCCGACCAGUGGAUUCAUUCUACUGGUUUGAUGCUCAGCAAAACAAAUGGAUUCCCAAAACACAUAUGGUGUAUCCCCGCAUUAAGCCCUCCUUGGUCUACUGUGAUGGUUACAUCUAUGCAAUAGGUGGCGAUAACAUUGGUGGAGAGAUGAAUAGGAGGACAGUAGAGCGUUAUGAUUGUGAAAAAGAUGAAUGGACAUUGGUAAGUCCCCUACCGUGUGCCUGGACAUGGAGUACCUCUGUUGUGACAAAUGACUGUAUCUAUGUUAUGACACAUAAUCUUAUGUACUGCUAUUUUCCCCGAGCCGACACGUGGGUAGAAAUGGCAAUGCGUCAGACCAGUCGCUGCUUUGCCUCCGCUGCUACAUUUGGUGAUCUCAUUUUCUACAUAGGUGGGUUGCACAUUGUAAGUAAUUCAGGAAGCCGGCUACCCACCAGCACAGUGGAUGGUUCCUCUGUUGCUGUUGAAAUCUACGAUGUCAACAAGAAUGAGUGGAGAACCGCUGCAAAUAUUCCUGCUAAGCGUUACUCUGAUCCCUGUGUGCGAGCAGUUGUAAUUCUAAACUCCUUGUGUAUUUUCAUGAGGGAAACACACAUGAAUGAAAAGGCAAAGUAUGCCAUCUACCAAUAUGACUUGGAGCUGGAUCGAUGGUUCCUGCGGCAGCCAAUUUCUGAGCGUGUUCUUUGGGAUCUAGGUAAAGACUUUCGCUGCACUGUUGGCAAAUUGUAUCCUUCCUGCCUAGAUGAAUCGCCAUGGAAGCCCCCAACAUAUUUGUUUUCCCCUGAUGGCACAGAAGAUUUUGAACUUGACGGUGAAAUGAUGACUCUCCCUCGUGUAUAGCUUUUAAAUGAGGCUGACUCCAAAGUUGGUUGGUUUUAUAGAAGCAGGGUCAAUUCCUCCUGAUUUUGGCCAAGAGUAUUAAGUUUAGGGACAAGGCAGCGAUGUCCUCUUGCAUACACAUGCAAAUACUAUACACUAUCCCAUCCUCUAGUCAUUACCUUCUCUAUAUAGUCACUACAAAAAAUGAGUCCAUACAGUUCAUCUAAAAAUUCCUGCUGUUUUAUCAUUUUUGUAGUUCAGUUAAGUAUUAGUGGGGAAUUAAUAUACCUGUAAAAUGGAAGUAAAUGCAUUUCCCAAAAACUCUGGUUAGAACAGCCAAAAAAACCAAAUCCCCUUUCACAGUAAGACCAGUUCCAGGACUGGUAUGGACCGGUCUGGCUCUAGACAGCAGAUGCCCAAUGGAAUAGAGACUGUCUGACUGCAGGUUCAGUCAAAAGCAGGCUCUUGUUGUUUAGGUGCCUGACAAGCUGACAUCAGAUCUAUUGCUAUUUCCCUUCUACUAUGUGCCUCUUCCAGUCAUUUAGUUCCAGAAGAGAGCUGAGUGAAUAUAUCUUCUCUGCUCUCAGUUCUACUCAGUUAGCUGUGGGUCUUCCAAACAGCUGGUCAUUUAACUAAAGAGUGUGCUCUUAAGGAUCGCUGGGCUUGUCGUAGGACUUGCUGGCCUCUCUCUUUAAACCAAACCCCCACCCCCACCUACCAAACUCAUAUAAUAUAUAUAUAUAAUAUAUA